AUGUUGAGCCCUACUUUUAUUUUGUGGGAUGUUGGAUAUCCCUUUUACACUUAUGGCUCCAUCAUUAUUAUUGCAUUAAUUAUUUGGCAAGUGAAAAAGAACCAGCAAGAUGUAAAGUUGGGACCUAAGAGGAACUGCUGCCGGCGUCACCAGAAAGUCAAACAGAGGGCCAAAGAGAAAACACCAAGAGCUAGGAGACAUUCCCGGAAAGAAGCUGACAAGCUGCGGGAGCUGCUCUCGCUCAUGCGAAGCCAUGGCUGGCUUCCUCAGGAAGGGAGUGUGCGGCGGCUCCUGUGUGCAGACCCCUGCUGCCAAAUCUGCAAUUCUGUGGCUCUGGAGAUUCAGCAGUUGAUAUCGUGUGAGACUACGCUGACCACCGCUACCUCAUCGGGGCCAUCACAGGGCUCCUCUUGCCUAGAGGUUUUGUCCAUGUCUAGACUGAAGCGACUUAGCAGCAGCAGCAGCAGCAACAGUCUCUCUUUUGAUCAGGAGUCCCUGCCCUUCAAACAGCUUUCACUUCCAUCAGCAACCCGCACAGUGUCACAAGUAACAAAUCAGAAAUCUGUAACCCAGUCAGCUGCCAAGUCAGCCACUAAGCCAGCUACCAAGUCUGCCAGUGCAAUCAGCAUCCGCCAAUACUGGGCUGGUCACCAGCAGCUGAGGCAGGAAUGUCGAGGGUCAGAGUUGCCCUUGGACGCAGGAGCUGUGUCUUUUGUGAGCCUUGAAAAGCCUAGGAUUCCUGUGAACCAGCAUGUCAAGAAGAAGAGCAAAUCUGAAGGUAUUCUGAAGAAACAAGAAGCUGUAGAAGCCGACCUGGGAAAUAAGCUGAAGCAUUUUACACACGGGAUUAACCCUGACACGAAAGGUCAAGGGCAUAAGGAAUGCAUUCUCCGCUGUAAGGAUGAGAAAGCGGCCAAAACCAAGAGAAAAAAGGCUGAGAAGAGUCCACCUUCCACCAAACGCCCCAUGAAUGGAGCUAAGUUGGAGAAGGAGGAGGGCUUCUUUGACGCACUCCAGUGCCUGGACAGUGAGUUCCAGCGACAGUCCGUGCAGUCUGGUCAGUCCUGUUUCCUGCCCCUCUCCAGUGGCAGCUCCAAGGGCAGUCCUCUGCUGACUCGUGCCACUCAGCCAGAAAAUCCAUCGCAUGUCUCAAUUUGCACCUCAGCAAAAGGCACUUGUCUACCCCAGGAGAGUACCCAGUCCAGGAAGAAGGAGCUCAGAGGUUCCCAGACUUCUGCAUCCUCCUGAAAAGGCUGUCAUCAUCAUUUCCAUUAAUAAUCUGGUGA